AUGCCGAAUCCAAAUCCAACCGAGGGUGGUUCAAAGGGUGCAAAGGACAGUCACCACCACAAGGAUCAGCGCCCUUCUGCACCUGUCUCACACAGUUCUUCUUCUUCUUCGAAGAACUCACAGAACCUUAAGCAAGAGAAUCAGUAUCCACAGAACCAGAGCCAGCACCCUCAGCACCAGCACCAGCAGCAGAACUUCCCACCAGUUUAUACGUUCUAUCCUCCAAAUCAAUUUUAUCCACUCCAACAGUUUCAGAACUCUCCCCCGUUUUAUCCCUCUUAUAACCCCCACCAGCCCCAGCAGCUUCCGCACUUCCAACCUCUCUGGCAUAAUCUGAAUGAGCAGUAUCAGCUGCAACAGCAGCAGCAUCAGCAUCAAAAUCACAGUAACCAGUCCCCCAGCAGCCAGAAUACUGCUUCCAUUCCCUAUGGAAACCGUAGUCCCUCUACCAACCGGGGCCUAUUGCAGACAUCCUCUCAAGAUCUGAUUCCCCCUAGUGAAAAGGCCGUCCCGGAGCCUGCUAUUCACCAUGCUGCUCCUACAAGCCAGAACAGAGCUGAGACUGAAGGAAUGAUUGAGGGUUCAGCCAUAGACAAUGGCAAUAGAGAAGUCUCAACUAGCCAAAAGGCUACUUGCGAAAAGGCUGCUCCCAAGCCUGUUAGUCAUGGUGCCUCUCGUGAAGGCAAUUCCACUGAGGGUAACGAGGACAAUGUCCUUGAUUCUGCUCAUUCUGCGGAUAGCAGCAAUGCAACCGUUACGGACACAGAGGCGCAAAAGGAACAAGACCGGAAUGCUUUAGCCCAGCCAGAAAACAACACCCGGACUCGCCCCAGUACUCCUUCACGACAACGUAGCCGGAGCCGGUCUGGCAGAGGAACGAAAGCAUUCGAAAAGACAAAACUGGAGCACUGGGACAUCACCGUCAGGCAAAGGGCCCACGCCGCUGCACUCAAAGCUUACGAGGGUUGCGACCAGGAUCUCGAGCUCCACCAGAUCCAAGCGCACAUUGACUACAUGUGUGACAAGGGCAGUCUAGAUUACACGAGCCACGCGACCCUGAGAAAAAUUCGAACCCGGUGCAUCAAAGCCAUGGAAGCGAAGAACCGCGGAUUGCCUUGGGCCGACAAGCUUCCCAAGAGAGAGGAAGUGAUGGCGGCCAAGUUCUGCCACGAAAAAGAAUCCCUUCCUCCCUCCUAUGUCAAUAUGUUGGCCGACCUUGACAGUGAGGAUCUGUGUGAGAAUCCCACACCUGCCAUUGACGCUCAGAAUCGUGAACCAGAGGAUGAAGCUCCCGCCACGGUCAACAUUCGUGACGCCAUGAAACGGUUUGGAGACAACCUGGUCCAGAUCAGCACAAGAGUCCGAGCUGUCGAGACGGGCAUUCGAGUUGGGGAGCCCAACAUGCCGCACCUCAUCGCCGAGCAAAACAACAUCAAAGCUCAACUCAAAGCUUAUCAAGAUUGGAGCAAUGGCGUCGAAACGCGACUUAGCGAAUUAGAGCAGGAGAAUCGAAAGAUCCUACGUCUUCUCUCCGCACAGCGCACCGAUCAAGAGAACGCCGAAAAGGGAAAGAACGCUGAACAGGAAAAGACUGCUCAGUACGAAGAGGACGCUGAAUAUGAAGAGGAUUUGGGCAACAUUUACGACGCCUGA